CUCUGACCAUUCCAUGCACUCUACAUCUAAAAGACGUGUUGCUAGCUCAUGACUUCUGACGUGUCCGCUAGCCCUAUUGCUGAACAAGUCGGUCAAGGCCACUUGACACUGUGUAAGCUACAUGGCACCCUCCACCUCUCACAGCUCGCUUUUACCUAUGUAAGCUCUCGUCAACACACACAAAGUAAACUAAGACCUCCAGCCAUUAAAACUCAUUGCACCGAAACCAUCACAAGGAUGUCAACCUAUUUACAUGCUCUCUUAUGGUGGUGGGCUGGUCGGCGGUGAUUGUAUUGCACUGGACGCUACGAUAGGAGAAGGUGCCACUUUGGCGCUCCUGACACAAGGUUCUACAAAAGUCUUCAAGGUCCGUCCACACGGCCAAUUGAGUUCAAGUGUCCCUAGCAAGCACGAGAGAAGAGAGACGCGUCAGAUACUGGAUGUACGGAUUGCACAUGCAGCGACUGUAGUCCUGCUACCUGAUCCAGUACAGCCUUUUACAGAUGCAAAGUACAAUCAAGAACAACGUUUCCAUCUAGCAGACACGACAAGCUCUUGUAUUGUGCUAGAUUGGAUCUUGGGUGGGCGUGUUGCAAAUGGCGAGAUUUGGGCAUUCGAACGUUACAAGAGCAUCAAUCACAUCUUCCUCGCUGGUGACUCUCAAGACAGACUACUCCUGCGAGACGCACAGCUUUUGGAACGACAGUCUGGUAUGGCACGACAAUUUGGUCGACGACACUGUCUUGCGACGUUGUUGCUGGCUGGACCAGAAACACAAAAGGCAAGCACACUACUCCUGGCAAAAUUCAAGGGAGAAGAACGGAUCAUGGGAUUUCGAUCAACCGCAGCCUCUGCCGCUGCACAGGAACAAGAGGAGAGCUUGAUUUGGACGGUGACACAACAUCGUGGCGUUACAGUGUUGAAGUGUGUCGGCGGACACGGAAGUAGUGAGCAAGUCAAAGGGUUUCUGAGUGACAUUGUAAAUCAAGUUGGUUGGCGGCAUCGAUUCGGACGUGAUGCAUUCAGGGCAUUGGAAUAGAAGCAUAAGCAUAGAUAUGUUGUGGAUAUGCAUGUUUUUGAAUGAGGUAUGAGACUGAGCAAGUCGAAGCAACGCUCGUGCCUCGAGAGGGUCGUGAAAGCGAGAAGAGCAGCUGUUUAGUGUCCUGCACGCCUGGACUCUGCAAUGUAGUUGGUCAACUCCUCAAUCUUGCGCUGUGAACGACCGUGUGUGCCGAGUCUCUUCUUUGCAAGCUUUCGUGCACGCUUGUCCUUGCUGUUACGGAGCAACUCAAUGACGCGACGCUCAUACGGAGCGAGACCUGCGACUUCGCGGAUCAAGUCACGCACAAAGGCCGUACGCUUGGCAAGCGCUCCCUUUCUGCGGGAUGGCUUGACUGGGGCGGUGAAGGGAGUGACGAUGUGUCCCUUGUUGGCACCGACGGGGAGUCCUGACUUUGCGACAGGAGCCAUUGCUGAUGUGUGAAUGCUUCU